AUGUCUGGUAAUGAUGAUUAUUUCGGUUCUCAUUCAUCAGUCGUCCCCAAAAUUACUCUGAACUCAACUUCAAAUAGCAGAGUCCAUUCAACUCUAUCCUCUCGUGUCAAUUCUCCAACAAGGUCUGCUGAGACAAACUACAUCCAAUCGAAUAGGCCUGCUUACAAGCAAAUCCAAAUUGAUUACAACAGCCUGAGUGGUUCCAAGGAUAAUGAUGAUGAUGAAAACCAUUCUUUAAAACUGAAGAAUAGUGUCUCUUUUGAUACAGUAGCUCUAGAUAUCGCAGGUGGUGCUGGUGAAGAUUUCGGGUUUUUCAUGAAUGAUGAUGAAGAUGAUGAAGAUGAAGAUAGAGAUAUCUCUCCAAUAAGUCAUGAUCCAGAACUAUCCACUUAUCUACAACCAGGAAGAAACGGGCCAGGUAGUAGCUCAAAUAGAUUAAGAUCACCUUCACCUUCACCUUUCAGAGACCUUUCACCAAUGAGAUCAAAUUCAUUUUCUUCCUUGCAGAAUAUUGAAGGUACAAGCUCCAGACAAUCACCAAGGCUUGAUCAAAAUGGGUUUAGAACUGAUUAUCCAAGUGUACCUAGUGUUGAUUUUAAUUCUUUAGCUAAAAGUUUCCAACAUCCAGAUUAUUAUGAAUAUGUGAAGAAAACUGAAAAUGAAAGAACAUUAUUAGUUUAUAUUAGUGGCAGAAGACAUACUUGGGUUGCAUUAGAUUAUGUUAUUUCAAGAUUAUUGAGAAAUGGUGAUCAUAUUGUUAUUGUGGCAAGAGUCCCUUCAAGUUUUACACGUCAAUUUGCAAAUAAAAACUCAUUGAGAAGUAGAGAUAAUAAUGAUGUUGAUAGUAUUGAUGAAGUACAUGAUCAUUCAAGACCGUCAUCUAGUGGUAAAAAUAGAAUACAUCCAAGAUUAUUUAGAGAUGUGGAGGAAAAUAUUAGAAAAUAUGUUGAAUUCUUAAUUGAUGAUCGUCAAAUUGUUAAAUUUACCACUGAUAUUGCUCUGUUUGAUAGAACUUCAAUUUUAUUGAAGAAAUGUGUGGAACUUUAUGAACCUUGUACCAUUAUAACUUCAACAAAACCAAAUUUAAGAUUUCAAAGAAAACAUACUUGGAAUACUUCUAAAAUAUCUGAUAAAUUGGUCAAAUUAUUUCAAAUCCCAAUAACUGUCGUACCAGCUUUUACAUUAAAUGAAUUUGAAAUUUCAUUUUUUGAUCAAUUAAUUGCUGAAAAAAAAUUAACUUCAAAUCUUGAUAGAAUUAAAAAUAAGCUGAAGACUUUUGAUUUUAGUUCUUCAUCAAUUCCAAGUGUUCCAUCAACAAGAGAACAAGAAAUUAAUAAUUCAAAUUUACUUUAUUCAAGAAAUGGAAGUGUUGCAGAUCUGAAUAAUUCAUCUAAAAUUAAUGGCACACCUGAAUUGACCAAUAAUAAUAACAGGGAAGAUGAAGAAGACGAUGAUGAAAGUGAUCUUUCUUCAACUUUUAGUGAUGAUGAAGAUAGUGAAACUUCAUCUGUUAAAAAUUUAACAAGAAGUAUAAGUAAUUACAAAGAUAUUUUGGAUAAAUAUAUUGAAGAUACUGAAAGAGAACCAAUAACUAAAACCACAUUCCUUGAUAAAUUAAAUAAAGUUACUGAUAUCAAUCAUAAAAUUUCAAUUAAAUUUUCAGAAACUUCAGCAUCAGAUGGUGAUGGAGCUGCAUUAGUUAGAUCAUUAACAGGUUUACCAGAAUUAACUCAAAAAAAAUCAAUGUUGGAUGUUUUAGAACCUGCAAAGACCAAUGGUGAAGCUCUGCACAAAUUGAAAACUUCAUUAUAUUCUAAUGGUACACAUUCACCACGUCAUAAUGGAACUCCAAAGACAAUUAAAUUUUCCAAUGAUAUUUCAAGUCCAGAUAAAUUGAAAUCCAAAACUAAAUUAAAUGUUGAAGACGUUAAUGGUUUAAGAAAAUUUAAAAGUCAUGUGGAACAUAGUAAUAGAAAUGAAGAAACAGAUAGAUCACUGAGUCCAUCAAUUUCUCAACCUCAACAAGCACUUUCCAAAUCAUUAUCAGAAUCUAAAGUUAAAACUCUGAGAAAUCAACGUCAAAGUUCAGAAACAGACUUAAGUAUUAGAACAGGUUCUAGUAAUGACAUGGAUGGUAAAAAAAAUGGAUCAAUUAAAGAUCGUUUUAAAAAUCUACUUAGAAAGAAGAAGAAGAAAUGA